AUGGCUGUGGACCUGAGAGGCUUCUACCUGAAGCUGGGCCAAUUCUUUGCCGCCCGUGCAGAAUUUGUGCCAGAGCCCAUCUGCAGGCACCUCUCGCUGCUGCAUGACCGGGUGCCUCCCAUGCCAGCUCAGCAGGCCAGGAGUGUCAUAGAGCAGGAGCUUGGUGGAAUACCACUGGAGGAGGUCUUUGAAUGGAUAGACUUUGAGGAGCCCCUCGGCUCGGCAUCCAUCGCCCAGGUGCACAAGGCCAAGCUGCGGCAGCCAGCAAAGAGGAGAAGGAGGGAUUUCCUGAGUGGGGAGGUGUUCAACUGGACGCUGUCUGCAAAGGCCCAACGGCGGGACGACUGCAGCUGGAGGGUAGGAACGGGGCAGGAAGUUGUACUCAGCCAAUCUCCUACACCAAAGUCCGGCCUUGGCCAGCCUGCAGUGACGGAUCGCACAGCGUCGGAUGCGUCAGAAGGCACGGAUGCCUCGGGCAGUGGCCGCGAUCGGCUGGCGGAGAUCAGGGAAGACUUGGCGCGGGUCGCCAGCUCGAGGGACGGCCCCAAGGAUGGGAUUGUGGCAGUGAAGGUGCAGUAUCCGGACGCGCUGCAUACGAUGAUGACGGAUCUGACCAGCAUACGGCGCUGGGCUGGGUUCCUGCAGAAGACCGAGAUCAAGUUUGACAUGCUCAGCGCCGUCGACGAACUCUCCAAGCAGGUGGUGCUCGAAUUUGACUUCAGGCGAGAAGCUCGGGUCAUGGACGCCGUGGCUGAGAAUCUGAAGGGGCUCAGGAAGAGGUUGGAGAUUCCGCGCAGCGUGCCGGGCCUGGUGACUAAGCGGCUGCUGGUCAUGAACUUCAUAGACGGUGACCAGAUCACCCGCCUUGCGCACCGGACCCGCGGCCUCUCACAGCGGAAGAAGAAGGCGGCUGCGAAGCGCAUAAUGGAGCGAGUGGCGGAGGCAUUCGGCACAAUGAUGCUGGAGACGGGGCUGUUCCAGGCUGACGCGCACCCCGGCAACAUCCUCGUCAUGAAAGGCGCGCGCAUUGGGCUGAUAGACUAUGGGCAGAGCAAGCAGCUGCCGGAAGCGGAGCGGCUGGCGUUCGCGGCGCUGCUGCUGGAGCUCGGGAGGGAACGCGCUGAUGUCCGCCCGGCCGCCGUGACGCGCUGCCUGGCCGACCUGGGGCUGCGGUUUGAGCGCGAGGACAACCAGGCGCUCAUGACCAAAAUGGCCUUUGGCAUGUUCGACACCCGCACCUCUCACCGGGUGGACCCGUUUUCCCCGGACAGCCCGAUAAAGUCGCUGGGAAUCUCGCACUUCCCGCCGGACGUGUUCUUUGUGCUACGCGUGAUGCAGCUCCUGCGCGGCCUGGCCGGCGGCCUCGGCGUCGACUUCAGCGCCGCCCGCCAGUGGGCGCCUCUCGCGCGGCGCGCCCUCCGCCGCGCCGGCCGCAACCCGGCCUGA